GAGAGAGCGUGUCCAAGAAUCUUCACUGUUUAAUCUCCAGGAACUCAAAUACAAUGCAUUGGAUGAGAAAAAUAGGGCGCCUGAGCGUACUCGCAGCCACUGCAGGAGGAGCUAUAGCUGGUUAUGUCAUAGCAAGUGAGGAAAACCGAAAAACCGCUUUGGCUUCAUGGACGACGGGUUACACGCCUUCCGUCAAGUGGGACUGGAAUUGGGACAGGUGAAUAUUACUGUGCAGCAGCUGUUGAAGAUUUAUCUGGGAGCCUACAAUGUGCUCUGUGAUUGUGCAUCGUACCAUAAGCCUGGCUGAUACCUUUCCUUUCCUGAGCCUUUUGGGUAUGUCCAAGGCUUUCAGGAUGAGCAAAGAAAAAGACAGACGAGGAGUGCACAGUUUAGUGAAGCCUCCAAAAUCCAAAGGCGAUGAAAAUAAUAAUAAUCUUGAUGGUCACGAUGAUCGCUAUGAAAAAGUCCGUCCCACUGCUUCUCGGCAUUUGAUCUUCAUCCGUCAUGGACAAUACAACCUCGAAGGACCUACAGAUCAUGAACGUUACCUCACCAGUCUGGGUCGAGAGCAAGCAGCUUUGACAGGACUACGCCUUCAAGAACUCACCUACCCAUACUCUCGUGUCGUCUACUCAACAAUGACACGUGCCACAGAAACUGCAGAAAUCAUCCUUAAAAAACUAGAAAAUGUUGAAGUAAUUGAAAGAUGUGAUUUAUUAAGGGAAGGAGCACCAAUACCCCCAGAGCCUCCUAUUGGGAGCUGGAAGCCAGAGAUGCACAAGUUUUACGCUGAUGGCGCACGCAUUGAAGCUGCCUUCAGAAAAUACAUUCAUAGAGCUCCAGCCUCCCAGGAAAAAGAUAGUUAUGAGGUCUUUGUGUGUCAUGCCAAUGUUAUUAGAUAUUUUGUGUGCAGAGCUCUCCAGCUACCCCCAGAAGCAUGGUUGCGCCUCACCCUACACAACGGCAGCAUAACACACCUUGUAGUUAGACCAGAUGGCCGGGUGGGCCUUUGGCAACUAGGGGAGUGUGGGUACAUGCCUCCUGAGAAGCUCUCUCGAACAUAGAGCAAUCAGCUUCUCAAUUCUCUUGCAGUGCGCUUUGUGUGUGCAGACCAUGUUGGAAACAAUGAAGAUACUGAAUUAAUGACAAAUUAAUGGCAUCUGGCUAUUAAAUUUUCUUCUAUGCUGUUGGCACUUUUAAUGAGACACUAUUGAUUUGCAAUUAUCUCAGGAAGGUGAACAUAUGAUUUUAACCUUUUCAAGGACCAGGAUAUGAUUAAUGUUUUCCUUGAUAUUUUAAAGUUUUGCUUUGAUUACCUAUUUUAGGAUGAAGACAAUUUUGAUAGUUCUGAUUGAUGAAAUGACGUAAAUUCUUUUCUUGUAAUAGUGUUUUACAAUAUAAACUGAUUUUAGGGUCCUACGGAUAAUGAGGGUAAUAUCUGUAUACUACAAAUCAUAUAUACACUUCCUUUUAAUAAAAUAUUAUAUUUUU